AAGAGCAAGAAAGGGAGAGAGUCAUAAAUGCAAUAAUUACAGCUUAGGCAGAAAAAAGUGACGCACUCUCCUGAUUCAACAGGCUGCCUGCGUAGCUAACAACACUGCUGUCACACUGACAGCAAAGAAAACAAUUCUCUUUCUCUGGGUUCUUCUUUGGAUUUACUUUUCACCAGAUCUUUUUAUCUUUUAGUCAUGGAAUUGCUCCUGGAUUCUGGCUGAUUAUGACUUUCUCCAAGUUUUCUCAAAGUCAAACAGAAUCUUCCUGACUUGAUUCUGAAAGUAACAGGAAUCCUUUGCCAUGUCUGUGACUGCUCUGUUCAGGAGCAAGUUGUGGCAAAAAUCACAAGACCCCCAGGAGAAGCAUCCAUCACCUAUAGCUCAACCCAGCCACGAAGAAGACUAUGAUGAGGAUGACCCAAAAUCGGGGUUCAGCAGGGAGACUAUCCGCAGGAACUCUCGCUUUUAUCGCUCCAUGAGGAAGAAGAGGCUGGCCUCAUCUGAGCAGCCUGACAAUCCUAGUUUGGACCACAGUCCAUCUGGCAGAGCGGGGCUCUCCAUCCCUAACGUUCCCCCACCCAGCAAAUCACCUUUGUUGCCUAUGGGUAGACGCCCUCCGCCUUCGCCGCAGCUCCAUACUUCCAAGACUUGGUUGCCAAGCAAUGAGGCCAGCAGAAAGGAUGCUGUGGAUAGGAGAAGAGAAGGAGUGGGAGGAGGGAGGGGUUUGGACAUAUCUGCUGCCUCCAACAGCAAGCAUCAAGAUUUAACAGAAGGCAUGAUCACUUACCGGACUCACGCCAUUCAUAGCGGAGACAUAAAACAGCUGUCGGAUAAAACAGCUGCAGCGUGCACUGUACAGGAGGUCAGACGGACGACCAUGAACUCACCACGGACCAGCGUUGAGGGGGCAGACCCGGACAACACCAAGCUCAGGUUAUCCAGCAAUGGAGAAGGCUCCCAGACAAUCGGCCACGGCCUCAACAUCGUCAAAAACAUUGCUGUCCUUUACCAGGAAUACCGGGACACCUCCAAGCAGCAGGAGAUCGAGCAACGGCGGCAGCUUGAGAACCUUUCUCCUCGGGUCUCUGCAGGGACUGUGGUCGAAGAUUCUGGUGUCGUGCCUCCUCCAGUGUUACAGCUACAGCUGAGGAACAGUUCUCGCUCACUGAGCUUGUGGCAGAACCUGGAAGUUGUGCAGGCCAGUGGUCUGCUCACCCAGUUACAGCAAAAAGAAGUCAUAAUGCAAGAGGCCAUGUUUGAGCUUGUUACUUCAGAAGCAUCGUACUACAAGAGUUUGGAAGUUUUAGAGACUCACUUCCUACGUAACCCAGUUCUAACCAACACUCUCAGUCAAUCCGACAUGCAUUUCAUCUUCUCCAACAUCGAGGAAGUCAUGAAAGCCAGUGAAAGGUUCCUGAUGGAUCUUGAGCACCGAAUGGAGAAGUCGAUUUUGAUCUCGGAUGUGUGUGACAUUGUUUGCCACCAUGCUGGCGAACACUUCAAUGUCUUCAUCAAGUACGUCAUCAACCAGGUGUACCAGGAGAAGAACUACAGGCGCCUUUUAGAGGGAAACCAGGCAUUCCGGGAAGCCAUGACUACACUGGAGAACCAUACUUGUGUCAGGGGCCUGUCCUUCACUUCCUUCCUAAUCCUUCCCUUCCAAAGGAUCACAAGGCUCAAGUUGCUUGUACAAAAUAUCCUGAAAAAAGCAGAGGAAAACUCAGAGAGGGAGGCAAAUGCUAUAAAAGCACAUCAGCAACUGGAGCAGAUCGUGAAAGAGUGUAAUGAAGGGGUGAGAAAAAUGAGUCGCACUGAGGAGCUUAUCAGCAUUGAGAAAACACUGGACUUUAAAUCCAAGUCUGUGCCCAUCAUUUCCCACUCACGCUGGCUGCUGAAAAAAGGUGAAGUGCAGCUCAUGGCUGGACCUAAGAGCACUCGGACCAUGCGGAGUCGUAAGCUCUACCAACCAGUAUACUUGUUCCUUUUUAACAAUCUGCUACUGGUCACCAAGCGCAGCUCCAGUGGGGAAAAGUUCCAGGUUCUCGACUCAUGCACUCGGUCCAUGUUGAGGACUGAAGAUCUUGAAGACCAGGGCCAGCUCUUGGCUAACGUCUUUAAUCUUAAACUGCUGGAGAACCAAGAGGAUCGUCCAAUCAGCUACAUGUUGAAGACCGCCAGUAUGAGUGAUAAGCUUCGAUGGAUGUGUACCCUCACUCCUAACCGGCGCACACGCUUCAUGUCUACUAGCGCCCACCAACCAGACUCUCCCCAGGUGCAGUGCAUUCAGUCAUACUCAUCCCAGGAACCAGAUGAACUCUCCAUUGAGAUGGCUGAUGUUUUGAACCUCCUAGAGAGAACAAACGAUGGCUGGAUGAUGGGUGAAAGGCUCCAUGAUGGAGAAAGGGGCUGGUUCCCUAGUCGGGUUGUAGAGGAGAUCCAGAGCAAGGAGCUCCGGGCUCAAAACCUGAGAGAGGCCUUCAGGAUCCAGCAAGCCCAGGAAAGUGGAGGAGCAGCGCAAACUGGAGCCAGGAGUGGUUUAAGGGUGGGGAGACGCACCGGAAGGGCCUCCAACCAUUCCAAUUCUUGAAUUGAUCUAAUGGGGGAAAGUAGUGAAGUCAAGCAGUAAAGCAGGAAGAAUGUCACCGUUCAGGGCUAAAUACACCACAAGAAAUGACUUAAAUCCUUUACAGUGUCCCCUUGUCCUUUUGAUUUUCACUUAAUGGUUUUAGAAAUCCAAAUGAUCAAAGAGCUUGGGUCGAUAACCUUGUACAAGCCAUGCUGCAUGUCUUAUAUAAACGUGUGCUGCAGGUGUUAUUUAGCCCCACACACUGUAGUGUCAUGCAUGAAGCAAAGCUCUUUAUCUGGUCAGGAGCUAUGUGUGGAGAUGGAAAGAAACCCAGCAGGUCUUGUAAAAGUACUGUAAUCAUCCCUCAGCUGCAUGGGCAAGUUUUUAAAUGUGUUAAUUCCAUUGUAAAAAACACUUUUGCACUCUGGAUUCUACCCCAAAACACAAACCUUGUACGAUAUCCCAAAGAACUCAUUGCACUGCAACUUUAGAAAACACAUGCAAUUAAAAACAACACAAUGCAAUACAAAAACAUGCUGCAAAAUUAAAAAACACAACACAAUAUAUGAAGUGACUUGAGCUUUCAGGGCCAUCAUAAAGGUUUCUAUUAAAAAAAUAUUGUAUGGAUAUUAGAAAUGAUUAUUUAAAACGUUUUUGUCCAUGAAUAUUUAAAUAAGAGAGUCUGCUAAAGUGAUACUCCACCCAAAACCCUUUAUGAAUACGAAACACUGGCUACAGCCAGACAUGAUUGCUGGCUGUACAUUUUGUAAUGGGGUAGGUGGAGCAGGAUGGAUCCAAACUCAUGAGACAGAAACUCAAAAGAACAAAACAGAACUUCUCCAUCACAACAUAAAAGAAUCGGACAAAGAAAACCAGCCUUAAAUACAUCCACAGCUAAUCAGGGAAUAAAUUGCAGGUGUGCCAAAGACCAGGUGAUUGCACGGCAAAUGGUUAACAGGUGGAACUUAUUAGGCUGGGUCAAAACAUCUAAAUGGAUGGGAAAACACCCAAAGACAGGAAGUAAAAAUAGACAUGAUACACAGAAAUAAAAUAGACAACUGGUAAACAGUAGCAGACAGCUUUGAUUCAAAGCCGUUAAGACAGCCACUACUAGAGUUUGGAAAAUGAUUAGUAAUCAGUGAUUCCAACUGGUAACCAAAGGAACUCGAGACAAAAACAUGCCAAAUAGAUUGCUUACACAAACAGCACUGCAAGAAAUGUAUUUUAUUAGUUCCUUCAGGUUAAAAAUCCCCAAUGAUUGUUGUAAAUCAGGUUUUCUCAGUUUAAUAGAAUUAAUAUCAGGGUUUAUAAUUUGUCUACAUUUUAAAAUUCUUUGUCCACAGUGGCCAUAUUCUUCAUACGUGGGAGAUUUUAUGGAUAAAAAGCUUUUACAUUUUGACUUAGAUUGGUAUAAAAGGCUCCUCCAGCAUUCUGCUGCUUGAAGCACUUAGUUUGAACACUAAAUUCAAUUGAUCAAAUAGACAUUAGACAAUGGAAACAUUUCCCAGUAACCACCAAGUAUGAUACAGAAAUACAAAAUCAAUGUCCACAGAUUAUUUAUUGUAUAAUUUGUGUUAAUGAUAUAUAGCUGUAUGAAUUUCUGACGUCUGUCUGUCAGAAAUUCAUACAGCUAUAUAUGGGAUUGCAGUUUUAUAGUCACAUGUACUCAGGGAUAGUGUUCACAACACUCAUGAAUUACUUUUUCUAAAUGUAUGUAAACUUACUGUACUACAAAAGAAAAGUGAAGAAGAGAAGAGCUGUUAUAUGCAUUGAACAUAGACCCCUACUGGCACAAACCGACGCUAGGCUUAUGGCAUAAAAGAAACUGCACACAAAAUCAUUUAAUGUCAGUGCUUUAUAUUCAAAAGAUUAAUUUUGUGUGGAAUAUCACUUGGAAAUUGCCAAUACAACAGGAGUACAAACAUGUGCAAGGGAUAAAUCCUGUUAUAGAAAUGUAAUGCCAAAAAACUGCAAUAUGUCUUCACUGUAUAGAAUGUAUCAACACUAUGAACAACUAUGGAUCAGCAUGAUUGUAAAGCCCUGUGUGUCUUUAAAUAUGGUAUGUGUACAGUAAAGCCAACAUUUGAUGUUCAAGCUUAUAAUUACGAAAUAAUUGUUAUUUCAUUUUGUAAGAUGUAAAUUAUUGUUCAUAAAAAAGUGUUAAUCAGAAAUGUGCUGUCUUACUGAUGUACAUUUACUGAUUUAAUUAUUUUAA